CUGACCUGUUUGAACAGUGCACUGUCAGGCAAAAAUGUGAAGGGUGAAAUCCCAUCUGAGCUGAACAACAUGGAGGCAUUGACAGAGCUAUGGCUGGAUGGCAACUCCCUCAGUGGGCGAAUCCCCGAUAUGAGUAGUCUAGUCAAUUUGAAAAUUGUGCAUCUAGAGAAUAACAGAUUGUCUGGUCCAUUACCUUCUUACCUGGGUAGUUUACCAAGCUUAACAGAACUGUAUGUACAAAACAAUUCUUUGAGCGGAAAAAUUCCUCCAGCAUUGUUAACAGGAAAAGUAGUUUUCAACUAUGAGCAUAAUCCUGGGCUAAGUCGAGGAGGAAAGCAUAAGACUAAUUAUAAAUUGAUACUUGGAACUUCGGUGGGAGUACUAGCAAUUCUGCUUGUUCUGUUUGUGGGAAGUUUGCUACGAUUGCGUUACAAUCGGAAAAAGACAUAUUAUCAGAAAAAUGAUGGAAAAGGUGAUUCUUUGCGCACCAGCACAAAGCCUUCAACUGCCUACUCAUAUGCACGAGGUGGGCAUUUGAUGGAUGAAGGUGUAGCAUACUACAUUCCACUCUCAGAGCUAGAAGCAGCUACGAGAAAUUUUGCCAAGAAAAUUGGAAAAGGAAGUUUUGGACCUGUAUACUAUGGCCAAAUGGAAGAUGGAAGAGAGAUAGCAGUUAAGAUCAUGGCUGAUUCAUCUAGCCAUGGGACCCAGCAAUUUGUUACUGAGGUAGCUCUCUUGUCAAGAAUUCACCACAGAAACUUGGUUCCUUUAAUUGGAUACUGUGAAGAAGAAUAUCAACGCAUGCUGGUUUACGAAUACAUGCACAAUGGUACCUUGCGGGAUCACAUACAUGAUCCUGUCAAGCAGAAGCACUUGGACUGGCUAGCUCGUCUUUGUAUUGCAGCAGAUGCGGCAAAAGGUUGAUAUGGAACUUCUCUCUUGUUCAUGUAGCAAUGAAUUUUAAAGCCAACAGCGUGAUUGCAAGUUCAGAUUUUUGUAGGCCUCGAGUACCUACACACUGGAUGCAACCCUAGUAUCAUUCACCGAGACGUAAAAACAAGCAACAUUCUCCUAGACAUCCAUAUGAGGGCCAAAGUGUCUGAUUUUGGACUUUCAAGGCAAGCUGAAGAGGAUUUAACUCAUAUAUCAAGUGUGGCACGAGGAACAGUAGGCUACCUGGAUCCAGAGUACUAUGCAAAUCAGCAAUUGACUGAAAAGAGUGACGUCUACAGUUUCGGGGUUGUUCUCCUGGAACUGAUCUCUGGAAGAAAGCCUGUUUCACCAGAAGAGUAUGGCUCUGACUGGAGCAUUGUUCAUUGGGUAAGUAUGUUUGCAAUUCAUUCUUCAUUUUUGCAAGACGUGAUUCUGUCUAAAGUAAACAACUCUGCUUAACCAAGAUUGAAAGCCAAAGGAUUUGGUGAUAGAGGAGAAUGCGAAGUUACAUUUUGUAGUAUAGCACAAAUUCUCAAAUCCAAGAUGCA